UAGACCAGCGUUUUUGCAAGUGUCAAAGCAUGCAAUUCAUUGUUCGUUUUGCAUGAGACUUUAUACAUCUGUGAAAAUGCCUAAAUCAAUCAAGAAGUCCUGCACUACCCAGACAUCCAUAAGUAGCUACUUCGGCGGGUUGAGCAGCAGUGUCCCUGACAGAAAUGCUCAAUCCGGGAUUAUCGGUAACAACGUUGAGCCUUUCGCAGGGCAGAAGCCAGUACGAAAGCAGAAGCAUUCUCCGAAUAAUAAUGGUGGGUCAUUAUGGAAACGAGCCAAACUGGCCCAUAAUGGACAGGAAAAGGAGGACAUGAACUGUGAGGUCAUAUCCUGGCGUGUCGAUGAAAUCAGGGUCCCCUCCUCUCGAGGGGCAGGCAGCCUCUCCUCCUCCACCCUGGAGAGACUGAAGGGCUUCAUCUGCCCUAGUGAGCCCCAAGGCAGAGGCCCUCCUGGGCCUGGGGAUGCAGGUGGUAGGCCUGGUGAUGUAGGCCGUAGGCCUGGCGAUGUAGGUGAUGGGUCUGCUCAUGGAGGUAAUGGGCCUGGGGAUGUAGGAGGCAGGGAGGCUGUGACCCACAAAGAAAUGACUGGCGAUAAAGAGAGACAGAAAAGCGAAGAAGAAGAGAAGGAGGAAGAGGAGCGGUGGAGUCCAGAGCCGUCAACCAAAAAACAGGCCCUCAGCCUCAUUCAGUUUGCCAAGCCAGGAGAAGGAGGAAGAAGAAGAAGAAGAGGCGGAGGAGGUGGGGGAGGUGUAAUGAAGAGUCCUCCAGGUGUAGGGGGUGAAGCCUCUGAGACUAGUGCCCCCUGUAGGAUCUCUAAGAGUGGGUACACUCCUCUGGAGCAGCAGUACCUGCAGAUUAAAGAGCAACAUAAAGACGCUCUAUUGGCUGUGGAGUGUGGAUACAAGUACAGGUUCUUUGGCGAGGACGCAGAGAAAGCGGCGAAGCAGCUGAACAUCUUCUGUCACCUGGACCAUAACUUCAUGACAUGUAGCAUUCCCACACACCGCUUGUUCGUUCACGUACGACGCCUUGUCUCCCAGGGCUACAAGGUAGGCGUGGUGAAGCAGACAGAGACGUCGGCCAUUAAGGCCUCCGGAGCCAAUAAGAACACUCUGUUCACCCGCCAACUCAGCGCUCUCUACACAAAGUCUACACUGGUGGGGGAAGAUGUCAACCCAGUUUAUAGUCUGGUUGAUGUGGAGGAGGGGGAGUGUGAUGUGGUGACAGAUCCUCCAGAGAGCUACCUGCUCUGUUUCAGCGAGACCUGGGAUAAACAGAGCAAACAACUAAUCAUUGGGCUGGUGGCGGUGCAGCCCAGUACAGGUGACGUACUGUUGGAUAGUUUUGUGGACGACUCAACGCGUUGUGAGCUGGAGGGGCGAGUCUUAAAGGUCAACCCUGUAGAGAUCCUGGUGCCCUCUGACCUCUCAGACUCCUCCCACAGACUGCUGCAGAGCAUCGUCACCGCCAGUGUGCAGGCUGGUGAUGGUGUACGUAUAGAGAAGAGGGACAGUGCUCAGUUUGACUUUGCCUCCGCAAUGAACACUGUCACUGAGUUCUUCUGUCACACACAGGACUCAGGUUCCAAGCCUCUCUCCGGUAUAGCCUCUUUGGAGAGCCCCGUGGUCUGCUGUCUGGGUCCUCUCAUCCACUACCUCACAGAGUUUAACCUGCAGAGAGUACUACUGCACCACAGUUCGUUCAGGCGCCUCUCCUGUGAGUCAGAUGGUAUGGUCCUCAGUGCUACCACUCUCAGAAACCUGGAGGUACUCAACAACCAGACAGAUGGAGGUGUGAAGGGCAGUCUGUUGUGGGUGUUAGACCACACCCACACCUCAUUUGGUAGAAGACUGAUGAGGAAGUGGGUAAGCCAGCCCCUCAAAGACACACAGUCUAUUUGUGAGAGACAGGGUGCUGUAUGUGAGAUCCUGGAGUCUGAUUCCGUCACCCUGCCCUCCGUUAGAGCCCUGCUCUUCCGACUGCCGGACCUGGAGAGAGGAGUCUGUAGCAUUUACCACAAGAAGUGUUCCACCCAGGAGUUCUACCUCAUCAGCAGCAGUCUUUGUCGGCUGGGGGUGGAACUACAGGCUCUGCUCCUAUCCAUCCAAUCACAGCUCAGCUCCGCUCUGCUCCGAGGGCUCCUAUUGGACACACCUGAACUGCUGGCUCCUGCUCACAACUUCCUCAAAGUCCUCAACGAGAAAGCAGCCAAGUCAGGGGAUAAGCGGGAGCUGUUCUGUGACCUAUCGGGCUUCCCAGUGCUCCAGGGGAGGAGAGCGGAGAUCCAAUCGGUUCUGACUGAGAUUCAAGACCACCGGAGAGAGGUCCGAUACACACUCAGGACCCCCACACUGGACUACGUCAGCGUCAGUGGACAAGAGUUCUUGAUAGAGGUGAAGAACUCUAUGGCAUCUGUGGUUCCGUCCGACUGGGUUAAGAUCAGCAGUACUAAGGCAGUGAGUAGGUACCAGUCUCCGUACCUGAUAGAGAGAUGUAGGAGUCUGUCCCAGCUCAGAGAACAGCUGCUCAUCGACAGCCAGAAAGAAUGGACCAACUUCCUACAUCAGUUUGGGGAGUACUACCACACUAUGAAGAAGGCUGUUGGUAACUUAGCAACCAUGGACUGCCUGUUCUCAUUGGCUGACGUGGCUAAGCAGAGGAACUACUGCAGGCCGGUGUUGUGUGAGGGAGACCGUCAGAUCGUGAUCAGGGACGGCAGACACCCUGUGAUAGACCUACUGGUGGGAGAGCACACACAAUACGUCCCCAACAACACAGAUCUACAGGGUGACGGAAGGAGGACUAUGAUAAUAACAGGCCCUAACAUGGGGGGUAAGAGCUCCUACAUCCGCCAGGUGGCGCUAGUCAGCAUCAUGGCCCAGGUGGGAUCAUAUGUACCAGCUACAGAGGCAAGACUGGGCAUCCUGGAUGGCAUAUACACCAGAAUGGGGGCGUCUGACAGCAUCUAUAAAGGCCGGAGCACAUUCAUGGAGGAGCUGACGGAAGCCUCGGAAAUCGUUGCCCGGGCAACUGAGAGGUCAUUGGUCAUCCUGGACGAGUUGGGGCGGGGCACCAGCACCCACGACGGGAUAGCUAUCGCCUAUGCUACUCUGGAGUACUUCAUCAGAGAUGUGAAGUCUCUAACUCUGUUUGUGACCCACUACCCUCCUCUGUGUGAGCUGGAGCGGGUGUAUCCUCUGCAUGUAGGCAACUUCCACAUGGCCUUCCUACUCAAUGAACCAGACAUCGCCACAGACGAUGGUGAGGUGCAGCCUGAGUUCAUCACCUUCCUAUACCAGCUGACUGAGGGGGCGGCUGGGCAGAGCUAUGGGCUGAACGUUGCCCGAUUGGCUGAGAUUCCAGAAGCUGUACUCCACGUCGCCGCACGCAAAGCACAGGAACUAGAGAACACCAUCGACGCCCGGAGAAAGGGCAAGAGAUUGUUGUCUGAACUGUGGCGCAUCGACGACAGAAAGGCUCUUUUGGACUGGGUACAGCUAAACUCCUGAUCACACGCAUGCACGAAUACGCACGCACACACAAAUCCCUGGCCGUUGUGUGACUAAGCCUGGUUGGCCCUGUAAUGUUCUCCAUAAACUCUCUCUAGCCCUGACCCAGGAAGGACUAAAGCCCUGAGGGGACAGGAGGAACAGCAUUCAUCUCUGUGUCUAUAGAAAAUGGACACACACACCAUUAAAUGCCUGAGCACAUGCAAGUGCGCAGCGGAUUAGCGGGGCCAGUGAUGCGAGACCUAUCUGUAAACCCAGUCAGCAGAGAGAUGGAACAGUGAUCCUGGAUUUUUCGGAAACAAAGAUUGGCUGAAGGCCGCUAGGACCACAAUGGCCAUCUCCAUCACUACAAUGUUUGUGUGUCUGCUUCCUCUGACCAGCGUAGGUUAUCUCUCAGGGUUUCUCAGUCUUUGGCCGGGAUUCAAUCCAAGGUGCGUUAUAGAGCAGUGCAUAAAUAAUAAUGAAUUAAUAAUAUUGUUUUUCUUUGGUACCAGGUAGUUUUCAAUUGUGUUAAAGUAAGUAAAUACCUAAAAGUACCCAGUUACCACAGAUUGUUGGUCAAUACCAGCAGAAACAGGAAGUCUAUCUAUGGUUAAGGCAACUCAUAGCGUUAAUAGGCAUGGCUUGCUGUGAUUCCAGGGCCCAUAUUCAUAAAGUGUGUCAGUGUAGGAGUGCUGAUCUAUGAUCAGUUUAUUCGAUCAUAAUGAAUAACAUUACAUGGACAAACCUAGAUCAGCACUCUUACUCUGAAGUGCUUUAUGAAUACAGGCCCAGGUCUGAGGACAAACUGGCUGUGUGGAUUAACGUAGACAGAUGAUCACAGAGGUUGUGUGUGUUUGUUAAAAACUCCAGUUUCAUGACUACAGGAAUGAAUAUGGUCAAAUGCGUCCUAUCUGUUUCCUACAGUUUGAGGAGCAUGUUUUAGCAUUUUAGCUCAUUCUCUCACACACACACUCACUCUCUCUCUCUUCAUGUAUUGAACAAACAGACAGGAAUAUUUUCAGGCAUUCUGUAUCUCAGCUGAUUCAGACUAGGGAUUAAUACGUUUCAAUACCAGGAAUAAUUCAUAUUUAUCCCAUGAGACCCGGGAAAUACAGUAAAAAUCGGAAGUGCCCAUUUUAAACCGUUUAAAAUCAAGAUAUGGUCAUUAUGCCAGGGUUCUUCCAUUUACAUUUACAUUUUAGUCAUUUAGCAGACGCUCUUAUCCAGAGCGACUUACAGUUAGUGA